AUGGCUCGCGCUGUCGUUUUACUCAUUGCUGCUUUGUGCAUCACCAACAGCUUUGCUGCUGUUAAUUUUACCUAUCAUCAUUAUCCUGAAAUGAUAGCAUUUAUGCGGCAAACUCAAGCAAAGUAUCCCAGUAUUACGUAUUUAUACAAUUUAGGCAAAAGCGUACAAAAUCGCGAUUUGCUAGUAAUUGCUAUUGGCGAGCAACCGAAUGUACACACGCCUGGACGACCAGAAUUCAAAUAUGUUGGAAAUAUGCAUGGGAAUGAAGUUGUUGGACGUGAAAUGCUCAUCCAUCUAAUCGACCUUCUAGUAGAAGGAUACACCAAUAACGACGCAGAAAUACGAAAUCUGCUUAAAACGACAAGAAUUCAUAUUUUACCUUCGAUGAAUCCUGAUGGUUUUGAAGCAUCCUAUGAAGGUAAUUGUACUGGUGUUAUUGGUCGCCGAAAUGCCAAUAACGUCGAUUUAAAUCGAAAUUUUCCUGAUCGUUUCGUUGCAAUAAAUACACCAAUUCAACCUGAAACACAAGCAAUCAUCACUUGGUUGAAACAGGAACAUUUUGUUUUGUCGGCUAAUUUACAUGGAGGUACUGUCGUUGCCAAUUAUCCCUACGAUAGUUUGGCACCUUCCGUUACACCCAGAAAUACAUACAGUAUGGCACCUGAUGAUGAUAUUCUUAUCCAAAUUUCUAAAGCUUAUUCGGAUAAUCAUGGCUAUAUGCAUAUCGGCCGACCAAAUUGUUCUAGCAGUCCUAAUGAAUACUUCGCUGAUGGAAUCACUAACGGUGCAGCCUGGUAUUCUAUUGAUGGUGGAAUGCAAGACUAUAACUAUGUUGAUUCGGAAUGUUUCGAAGUGACUCUUGAAAUUAGUUGCUGUAAAUAUCCAACAGCAGAUCAACUACCCUUUUUUUGGCAAGCUAAUAAAAAUGCUUUAAUGGCGUAUAUGAAAUCAGUUCAUAUGGGCGUUAAAGGAUUUAUCUUCGAUCAAAAUCGAGUUGGCAUUUCCAACGCUACGAUCAAUGUCGUUGGUCGAAACUAUAGCGUCUCUUCUAGUGUUGCUGGAGACUAUUGGCGUCUACUAAUCCAAGGUACCUAUUCGCUAACUGUUUCUGCUCCGGGUUACAGAACAGCAACCAAAACUAUUACUAUUCCAACCAAUACUCAAGCAGUUCAAGUGAAUUUUACGUUACAGAGUGCCGCAACAAGCACCAUGAAUACUAUGGGAACGGCUACAACAAAGGCUUCUACCGUGGGAACAAUUAACUCUGCUCUUAAUUUACAAGCAAAUUCAGUUUUAUCGAUGUUCAUUAUAGCAAUAACCGUUUUGAUGGCAUGGUAA